UAAUAAAUAACUUUAAAAAUGGCAAGCUUUUGGACUUGGACUAGUGAUGAGAAAUUACAGAAAGCGGAGGAUGUACUUGUGAAACUUGCAGGGUUGGAAGAUGAAGAGUUUAAGUCGUAUCCUGUGAAGUUCACUUUUACUGCAAGAGAUUGGAAGGAGGAUUAUAAUGAACAAAUGGAGUAUGUACAAUCAAAUAGCUGGGUAUGCUUCUGAGGUACUUCACAACGUUAUGUUCCAAUUGAAGACAAUGAAUACAUCUGGACUUAUGAAUUCGGUGACACCUCAAAACCUCACAUUGUGAUUGUUCACGGAUUCGGUGGUGCUGGAAUGAUCUUCUUCAAAAUGUUCAAACAACUCUCCCAGCAUUUCCAUGUGUACUUAAUCGACAUCCUCGGAAUGGGUAGAAGCAACAGAGGCGACUUUGACUGAGAAACCUACGAGGAAUGAGAGAGUUAUUUUGUGAACUCCAUCGAGAAGUGGAGACACAAGAUUGGCAUCGGCAAGAUGAACCUGUUUGGCCACUCGUUUGGUGGGUUCAUUUGUUCGAAAUACGCGUUACGUUACGCAGAGAGGAUCAACAAGUUGAUGUUAUUUUCACCUUGGGCAAGUGAAGCUUGAACUGAAGAUCAGCUCAAUGGCCUUGAAGAAGAAAUGAAAGAGCAGCCUUUGAAAAGGAGAAUAAGAUACAAGUUUAUGAAAGCUAUUUACCAGAGAUCGACUCUUUUUGAAAUGGCUAGGAAAGCAGGAAGAUUUCUUGGAAGCUAUAUGAUUAAAAAAUUCAUUCAUGGAAGAUUUAGUAAUGAACUUGAUGCAGAGCAACUUGAAGCAAUCAAGGAAUAUUUAUCUCAAAUAAUCCUCAGAAAAGGGAGCAGUGAGUAUGGCUUUGUAAAAAUGUUUCCUUACUUUAAUAGGAGUGAGAAUGCGAUUUUGAAUCAUCUUGAUGAAUAUAAUGAACUUAAUUUAGAAAUAUCUUUCUAUUAUGGAACAAAAGAUUGGAUGGACACUUGUUUUAACCAAACAAAAGUAUCUCAAAAACUAAAAGAUGUGGGUAAGAAAGUCUACUUAAUCCAAGAUGCCGGUCACCACCUUUAUUUCGACAAUCCAGAUGAAUCCUGUGAUAUGAUCCUAGAUAAUUUCAAAACUGGCUUAAAAACUCUAACUUCUAAUAAUCAAAUUCUGACAUAA